AUGAAGUAUAUUAAAAUGGCAGAUAUUUUUGGAGCAUAAUUUAAACAAGAAAUACGUUUUGAAGAGAAACUUUAAAAAUCAGUUUUAGGAGGAGUAUUAUCUAUGAUUGUAACUGUUGUCAGUCUUGGGUAUUUUAUAUAUAUAAUGGAUGAAUGGAGAAAUUCUAAUAUCCUACCAAAAUAAUCAAAUAUCAUAAAGGCUGAAAAUUAUUCAUCUAUAUUGUUUAGUAAUGAAAAUCUUUUCGAAUUAUGUUUUUGGAAGUACUCAAGUGAUGUAAUAGAUCCCUUCAGAAGUACUGAUAAUAUUUUGAUGCCUAUAGGAAUUUAUAUUAUUGCUGGAAUUCCUUAAAAACCAUUUUCUUUGUUAAGUAAUACUACAACAUUAUCAACUUACAACAGUAAUUUAAUAUUUGUAGAAAACCUGAAUAUAAUAUAAAAUAGUGAAUUUAAUCCUUUAUUAAACUAAACAAAAGAACUGCUUAUUGUUAUUACAACAUGUAAUAAAUAACUGCUCUCUGAAAAUUAAACAUGUGCAAAUGAUGAUGAAAUUGAGAAUUUUUUUAUUUAAUAAACUACAAUUUUAAGCUUUUGGAUUAACACUAAGUAUUUUAAUCCAAAAAACUAAACUUUUGAUAUCGUAAAAAAGUAAUAUUAUAUAUCAUUCGAAAAAGAAAGAGCACAAUAAAUAUAAGUAAUUUUGAAAUAAUAAAAAACCAUAGUUGAUACAGGAAUUUUAUUUGGAAAUUUUGAAUAAUAAAGUUUUAUAUUCGAUGCUCAAUUUUUAAUGAGUACAAUCUCUAAUAACUUUUUUGAUAAAUUGAUUCAUAUGGAAACAUUUUUAACAUUUACAAUAAGAUUAGAUCCCUUUUCUUAUGAUACUUAAGUAGUUUAUCCUAAACUUGGUGAAAUAUUAGCCUAAGUAGGAUCAAUUGUAAGUGUUAUAAUGAUGGUGUAGUAUGUAGCAUAUUUUUAUAAUGAUUAUUUAUUACAAAGUUCACUUAUAGAAACAGUAUUAAAAAGUUUUAUUAUAAAUUAUGAUUCCUUUAAGGGAUCCUCAGAAAAACAUAAUUAAAUUACUUAUACUAAGAUGAAAAAACUAGCCAAAGAAAAAUUAGUGUUUAGUAAUAUAAUAAAUGAGCUUUCACGGAUUGAAUUAUUUUUAUUGAGUCUUUUUGAUAGUACGUAAAUUAGUAAGAUUUCAUAGCUAAAGUUUCAGAUAAAAAAUUAACAUAAAUCAGAAUCUUAAGAAGGUAUAUUCUCUAUAAUCUCAAAUAAUAAUUAGCAUAUAAUAAAUGAAGAAGACUUUUCAGAUUUGUUUAAUGCAUUUAAUAAUAAUCCAUAAUAAAAAAAGAAAUUAUUGAAUGUAGAAAAUAUAGAAUGA